GAAUCACCGACAGCUUUUCAGGACUCCAGCGACGACCAGCCACAGCCAGCCAGCCAGCCAGUGUCUGGUGAACGUGCGUGUGCGCGUACAUGUGUGUGUGGACCAGCAGCUAACACACACUUAACAUUCGUUCGCAACAUGGCGUUGAAGCGCCGAGAGACACGACGGCUCUCCCCCGACUUAAUGCAAGCUAAUUGUUGUUAAAGCCAGUGGACUGCUCACCAAAGAAACCUAAACAUUCACAGAGAGUCCUUUACGCACCGCCGGAGACAAAAGCGGAUUCCAACAUAUGCAUGUCGCUCUAACGGUAUAGCUGGUUGUAUAGACGUAUUGCUACCCCACUGGAGGAAAUCAAAGGCUGUACAUGGCGGUGGAGAGUACAAUUUGGCUGUUCUGUCUUCUUUCGCUGUUCUGUGGUCCAUCCAAGCAAGAAAAGCCUUUUUCGGUGGAGCUGAGCUGCGGGGCGGGGCCCAGUCAUGUAGUGUUGGAGCCAGGUUCGCCCCUCCUGCUGGACUGCAAGCUUGGGGCCACUGAGACACCGUUCAAUGUCACCUGGUUUCAGGAUGGCCAGCGCCUGCCUCUGGAGGGGGGGCGCUUCCUGCAGUAUUUGGCCAACGGAUCCCUUCUCCUGCUGCCGACCUCUAAGGAGGGCCAGUCCCCCCACCAGGGAGUGGAGGGGGGCUACAGCUGUGUGACUGCUAGCGCCCUCGGAGCCCUGACCAGCCGGACUGUGAAUGUUCUCCUAGCAAGUCUGUCUAAGUUUCAUCAGGAGCCAUCGCCCCACACAGUGCCCACUGGGGGGGCUGCUCGCUUUGAGUGCCAGAUUGAGGGAGUACCCACACCUGUUAUUACCUGGGAGAAAGACACUGUGGCCGUCCCUGAGGAGACAAGGUUCAUUUCCCUUCUUAACGGGGUGCUUCAUAUACUGGAGGUGACCAAGGAGGAUGAGGGUGCCUACCGCUGUGUCGCGUCCAAUUCUGCCAGGAAGGACAUCAGUCAUGAAGCCAGGCUCACUGUCACCACAGGCUCUACUGAAGCUCUGAACGGAGUUGCGAUUGUUGCCCCGCCUCAGAAUGCAUCGGUGGUGCUGGGCCGUCCCGCUGUGAUGGAGUGUAUGGCACAAGGCCAGCCGAAGCCUCUGGUGUCCUGGAGCAGACAAGAUGGAAAGCCCAUUUCUACUGAUGUGGUUGUGCUCGCAACUAACCUGGUGAUUAGGGACACGAGGCGUCACCAUGCCGGCGUCUACGUCUGCCGGGCCAACAAGCCCAAGACCAGAGAAUUUGUCAUUGCUGCUGCUGAGCUGCAUGUGCCUGCCCCUCCAGUGAUCCUCCAGCCCCCAGAGACAGUGUCCCUCUCCAGGGGAAACACAGCCAGAUUUGUGUGCAACAGCUCAGGGGAACCUCCUCCGGUGUUGCACUGGCUUAAGGACGGUCAUCCCAUUAAGUCUUUCAGACGGGUGAAGACCCAAAGCCCUGGGGUCCUGCUCAUCAACCAGCUGGCCCUGGAGGACGAGGGCUACUACCAGUGCAUAGCAGACAACGGGCUUGGCACAGCCUGCGCAACUGCCAAGUUGACGGUCAUUGUGAGGGAAGGUCUGCCAAGCCCUCCGCGCCACCUCUCUGCUAUGCCCUACUCCAGCACAACGGCCCUGCUCACCUGGGAGAAACCUGAGUACAACGCAGACCAAAUCAUCGGCUACUCUGUGCACUGCCAACGCGCCGCAGGGUCAGAUAAUGUAGAGUACCAGUUUGCGAUGAACAACGACACCACAGAGUAUCACGUCAAAGAACUUCUGCCCCACACUGCCUACACUUUCUUUGUGGUGGCUUACUCUCCCAUGGGGGCCAGUCGCCCCUCCCUGCCUGUUACAGUGGAGAUGCUGGAGGACGUGCCCAGUGCCCCUCCUCAGCUGUCUAUAGCCAGCACCUCCCCCACAGACAUCAGGCUGAUGUGGCAUCCACUGUCCUCGCAGUACAGUCGAGGAGCUGUGACCCGCUACCGCAUUGAGUACAGCACUGUGGAUCAGGUGGACUCAGUGUUCUCAAUGGAAGUGGGGGGGAAUGAGACUCAGUUCACUCUGAGAGAGCUGCAGCCCAAACAGGCCUACAGACUGAGGAUAGCAGCGGGGACGGUCGUUGGCUUUGGGCUCCCCUCUGAGUGGGCCCAGCACCAAACAUUAGCCCACUACAACCACAGCGACCAAAGCAUGGUGAUCUUUGCCCCCACUGAGCUGAAAGUCAAAGUCAGAGAGAACACACUGAAUGUGACAUGGCAUCCGUCGCCCAAUCACACUCUGAUCUCUGGUUACAAGCUGUCCUGUCGAGAGGUGGAGGCUGAAGAGGCAGCCAACGGAGAGAGGACGACACAGACUCACACCAUCAGGCUCCGUAAGAAAGCCCGGUAUCAUCUCCUCACUGGGCUGGUCCCUGACCGGCAGUAUGAGGUGAGAGUUUGGGCAUUCAACAAGCAGAUAGAUGGAGCGGCUGCUAUGUGGAAUGGAAGGACAGAAAAAGCCCCCGACAGAACAUCGUUGCCGCCCAUGCGCCCCCCUCCAUUGCCCCCAAGCAGCAUCCAAGCCAUGGCCAACAGCUCCACCUCCAUCUGGCUGCGCUGGGAGAAGCCGCGGUUCAGCAACGUGCGCAUCAUCAACUACACGGUGCGCUGCAGCCCGGCGGGAACCACCAACGCCUCUCUGGUCUCAUAUUACACGAGCUCUGCUCAGGAGAUACUGCUCGGGGCGCUGAGGCCCUUCACCCGUUAUGAGCUGGCGGUGCAGUCUAAUGGAGUGGACGUGGUGGGACCCUUCAGCAGCACAGUGGAGGAGUCCACCCUGUCUGACCGGCCCUCCACUCCUCCUGAGGAGCUGCAGCUGAGCGCUCUGGACUCGUCCUCGGUGCUGGCCAGCUGGCGCCCUCCGCUGGAGCCGAACGGUAUCAUUAUCAGCUACAGCAUCCUGUUCAGUGGCAACUUCAGCCAGCCGGAUCACUUAUGGGAAGACCUCUCUCAGGAGGGGAGCAUUACCAGUGUGGAGGUCCAGGGUUUGUCCAGUGGCACACUUUACUUUUUCAAACUGGGAGCAGCCACUGAAAUGGGGUCAGGGCCUUAUUCACCUGUAAAGGAUGUCAACACCCCCCUUCAGAAAUAUGAGCUGGACAUCCAUGCAGUGACAGGCAUCAUAGUCGGUGUGUGUCUGGGUCUGAUAUGCAUCCUCCUCUGCAUGUGUUUCAGCUUUCGUAAUGGCAAAUCCAGAGAGGUGUCUGGGGGCCUGGACUCCACAGCUGUGACCCUUCAGUACAGGCGAGGAGGAUGCCCCCUUCCCACCAGCGUGCCAGAGUGCAGCGAUAGCCACGAGCUGGAGACCCUGAUGCCCUCAGGCAGCCAAGAGUCUGGUCAGCCGCUAGAAGAGGCCCCCGAGGAGCAGAACCUGAUGGCAAGUGCUAAUCCAGGGGAGGGGGAGGAUAACCCUGCACCUGAACCCAAGACUGCGUGGAAUGGCUCUGUGAGUCAUGACUGGGCCAACAGGAUCACUAGAUACAGAGACACCAUAACAGAAGACUCUCCAUCGCUCAUAAAUGGAGCUCUCAGCAUGGACUUAGAAGACCGUCUGUGUUCAUCCAUGUGCAGUAACCAGGUGGAGGCAGAAGUCAUUGUUCAUUCAGAGCUCUCAGACCCAGAGGAGGAGGGCAGCGAACGGGAGAGGGAUUCAAACACCAGCAGAGGACCCUCAUUAUCAGAGGACAGCUAUUCCCCUGUGAGUCAGCCGAGCCCACUGGGAGAGGGGGACACACUCGAAAAACUAUCACUCACCCAGAGCCCCUCGAGUCUUCCCUUGAUAAAGUUGGUGGCUAAUCACAAUGGGGAGCUACAAGGCAUGGGGGACCAGCCGAGCGCAGACAUAGAACCACAGCAGGAAGUGAGGCUGACCAAUGGCUUCCACUCCCCAAAGACGGUGCGUUCUGUGCUGAGGUCAGAACACCUGGAGAACGGGGACUCAAGACACUGCCAUCCGGCUCCAGGAAAGGUCAUCUCUACCGGGCUGUCCCCUGCCCCCUUUGUCAGCUCCGGCCUUGUCCACUCUACCUCAGUAGCACACAGUUAUCUGUGCCCGUAGCAUCUGCAUGUAGGGCAUCGGCCCUUACACACACAUACAGACAGCAGACAGAUUUUCUUUCUUUUACGUACCCAGGAAGAAUCCCUAAGGAUUAUUUGUAUGCAUCUCAUUAUUGGAUUCCUUUCUCUUCCGUGCAAAGAUUUUAUAGGUACUUUGAAUCCAUUGUUUGUGUAUAUACAGCAUACAGUAUAUUUUUAGUGGUAGAGUACUGUAUAUGGGUAUGCAUUGUCUAGCAUUGCAACCAUAUUUUCCUCUGGCUUUUUUUCCCUGUCUUUAGGAAAGAAAGAUGUAACUUAACCAAGCAGAAUGAAGUGGACUGAAGGAGGCUAUUCCCACUGUGUCGCACGUUGCUUUGUUCCACUAAGGAAUGAGAAAGCCUGCAACGUUCUGUAAGAGAGAGGGACAGGUGAUCAACGUGGAUGGGAGGAUGUGCAACGCAAGCUCGAUAAGUCUCCUGGGCUCCGUCGUGUGGAUGCUUUACCGUGGCACCGAGGGAAAAGCCUCAAAGAAUAUCCAGCCUCCUGCUGUCUCAGGAUCCACAUAGAAAGUUAAAUUACAGCUGAUUCCAUGGUAUUACACAUAAGCUUAAACAGUCACUCAUACACACACUUUUCCUGACUGGAGUGUGGGGGUCUCAGGUGCCUAAUUGUUGUAGGUGUGUUUAUAACCUCUGUAUAUUUCUAUAGAUGCUUCUAUUCAGUACACAACAACUGUCAUUGUGAAGAACAAAAAGACAAUACAAAUGUACAAAGAUGGAGUAUACACAUUUGCUACACAUGAAGUAUUCUUUUCCAUAAUGCCAUAUAUUCACGUGGUGUAACUUUGUAAACCAGGGACACUCAGUUGAAAAGUAAAAAGUAUUUUUGUUGUAUUUGGUGGAUAUCUCAUUAUGGAAGAAUUGACAUGUUCACAUUGGUACUGGUUUUAUUAUGUUGGUACGAGGAGAACUAGUAAAACGUUUUAAACAAUCCAUCUGAUUUGGUUCCCUAUUAGGGAUGCACCAAUACUGUGCCAUUAAACCGCUUUUGAACUCAG